GCACGUAAGUUUCACUAUCCAAAAGGCCCGGUUGGGCCCAAUCUUCCCCAGCCAUGCAGUUCCUUCGGAAGAUUGGAGAUAUGCUGGAAGUGGAUGAUGGGCAGGAGUCAAGUACCCCCGCGGAUGCCACGCCGCUUCAAACGCUGGAGGAGAUGCUGCACUUGCCCGAGGAAGACGCGGAAAAGGAGGCUCGCGCUUGCGCGGAGCUCUUGCAGAAUGCCGCCAAAGCCUCUGAGGCCUUGGCGCAACAGCUGCCGGAAGCCUUGAAGCGUGCCCGAAAGGCGGAGAUGGAGGUGCAACGGCUGAAGGAGGCCCUGGCCGAAUCCGAGGCCAAGAUGGCUGCUUUGCAGGCCCAGCAGUUGCGCUUGGCUGAUGGUUUGCUUGGUGAGAUCCGGCAACGUGACGCCGAGCUGGCGUUGCUGCGCGUGGCAGCGGCCGCUGGCGGCUACACGCCCGGGGAGGAGGACGCGACCAAAACGCAGGAGCAGGAAGUGGUGACGUUGAACGAAGGCACCGUUGACUUCAACAGGAGCGCCGCCAGCAAGCAGGUGGCCAGUUCCAGCACUUCCGAGCUGUCCACGGGCGACGAAGUGAUCUCGCUGAACGGCCUGUCUGCGAGGAACAUGACAUGGGAGGAGUUUGAUGCAGCCUUGGCCAACCGCCCGGUGGUGCUGACGGUGCAGCGGGAGCGGCGCUCAGGUGGCAUUGCUGCCAAGAUGCGGUCGCUGUCGGUGUGGACGAGGGAUAAGGCGAAGGCUGCGGCGCGCGAGCUGGAACAAGCCAUGGCUGAAAUGCAGGAGGAUCCACUGGCUUCCAACAUGGAAAACGAGGAGCCUCCAGCACUGGAAGCCAGCAAGGCAACCGAUGAAGCUGCUGAUGUUGACCCCGAGGAUGCUGAGGCCCGCAACCGGCCCUUCUACGACCUCGUGCGCGGCUCCAUGGCCGAGCCCGCUGCCGCCUUCGUUGCGGCCGGCGAUGCGAAUGCGACCGAGGCCUUCGAGCGCUGGCUGCGGCAGUUUCACAGCGAACGGGAUGAUGAGUGGUUUGCCAACAACCGGACGCGAGUUUACAACGCAUUCCGCCCGCACUGGGAUGAAGUGGUCCAAAGUGCCAAAGACCGGGCGAGUUAGGAAAA